UCCCCCUUCUCUCUCCCUCCCUCCCCGCCAACAUGGCCGCGUACAGGCAACGCAUGAGGCAGCAGCUGGAGUCGAACUCUGUCGGCGGCAAGAAGAGACGGCGCGCGAACAUCGCCGGCGACGACGGAGGGAACGACGCGAAGAAGGCGAAGAAGGGGAAGAACGCGGAGAAGAGCCAGGCGGAGGAGGAGGAUGCCCGGAAGCCCACGGAGGUCGUGGUCCCUCUGCCCGUGUCGCGGGGCCGCUGGACGAACAAAGAGCGAGUGCUGAUCUUUUCGUCGCGCGGCAUCAACUACCGCACGCGGCACCUGAUGCAGGACCUGCGCAGUAUCAUGCCCCACUCCAAACCCGACACAAAAAUGGACAGGAAGGACAAACUGUUUGUGGUCAACGAGAUCUGUGAGAUGAAGAACUGCAAUAAGUGCAUCUACUUUGAAGCAAAGAAGAAAAUGGAUUUGUACAUGUGGAUUUCCAACGUCCCACAUGGGCCCUCGGCAAAGUUCCUCGUUCAGAACGUUCACACGAUGGCGGAGCUCAAGCUGACGGGGAACUGCCUCAAGGGGUCACGUCCACUGCUGUCGUUUGACCCGACGUUUGACACCCUUCCCCACUACGCCAUCCUCAAGGAGCUCUUCACACAGACGUUUGCGACGCCGCACUACCACCCGAAGAGCCAGCCCUUUGUUGACCACGUGCUCUCCUUCUCCAUCACCGACCACCGCAUUUGGAUUCGCAACUUCCAGAUUGUGGAGGAGGACGGACAGCUCGUGGAGAUGGGACCCCGCUUCGUCCUGCAACUCAUCCGUCUCUUCCAGGGCAGCUUCGGGGGCCCCACGCUGUACGAGAACAGCCAAUACCUCUCCCCCAACACGCACCGUCGCCAGCUGCGCCAGCAGCAGACGGCGGCGCUGCGGGAGAAGCUGCAGCAGAAGCAGCAGGAGCAGCAGGAGGGCGGACCCCGCGACGACCUCCGCGCCUUCCCCGAAGACCCCACCGAGGGCGUCUUCGUAGGCCCGCCUGCGCCCGCGCGACCCGCGGCAACGGCGGCUGCCGACGGCGACGACGACGGUCGUCCCCGCAGGCCGCCGGCGCACGACACAUCCCGCCCGGGGCACAAGAAGAAGGGAGCGAAGCCGCUCAAGAGGAGCCGCUGGGCGAUGGAGAAACGCAGCAGGAUGGGGGCGGCCGGCACGCUGCGAUCUUAAACUUAUUGAGCGGCGGUUGGGUCGGUGGGGG